AUAUAUCCCCUCAAGCUCAACCCCCAAACCCACUACCACCUCCACCACCACUACCCUCAGUUGUUUUCUUUGCUUCUUUCUACUCCUCUACUUAUUCUUGCAUGGCAGUGAGGUUGCUCGCACUUGAGGUAUCCGACCUCUGUUUAGGCAAGCCUGCUUUGAGGUCUCUUCCAGUCACAGCCACCAUAGCUGAAGCUCUUUCAGCUCUGAAGAACUCUGACGAUAACUUCUUAAGUUUAUGGAAUUGUGACCAUACCAAAAAAACAAAUUCUGGGUUUGAAACAGAGGAGUGUAAAUGUGUAGGGAAAGUAAGCAUUGUAGAUGUGAUAUGUUAUCUUUGUCGAGAUGAAAAUUUGUUGUCACCUUCAACUGCUUUAAAUUCUCCUGUCUCCGUUCUUUUGCCUAAGAUUCCUCACCUUGUUAUGCAUGUGGAACCAUCUUCAAGCUUAUUAGAAGCAAUUGACCGAAUCCUUCAAGGAGCUCAAAACCUAGUGGUGCCAAUAAAGACUAGGCUCAGUUCGUCCAGUUUAAGAAGAAAACAGCAGCAGAAACUCUCAGCAGCAACCACCACCAUUCACGACGGCCGUGAAUUUUGCUGGCUAACUCAAGAAGAUAUAAUCAGAUUCCUUUUGAGCUCCAUCGGCCUUUUCUCUCCCUUCCCUGCUCUCUCCAUUGACGAACUUGGCAUCAUUAGCACUGAUAUAAUCACCAUAGACUACAAUUCCCCUGCUUCCUCUGCGCUUGAACCCAUUUAUCGCGCUCUCACUACUCAGACCUCUAUUGCAGUUGUGGACGAGGAUGAGGGAAUCUUGAUUGGUGAACUCUCGCCACUCGCACUAGACUGCUGCGAUGAAACUGUCGCAGCAGCCAUAGCUACCCUGUCUUGUGCGGAUUUAAUGUCCUACAUUGAUUGUAGAGGCCCGCCAGAGGACCUAGUCCGUCUGGUGAUGUCAAGAUUGAAGCAAAGAGGACUAGACACUCUGCUUCAUCAGUUCACUAACUCAACAAAUUCACUUGGUCCUGUUUUAUCAUCAUCAUCUUCAUCAGAUGAAGAAUCAGGAGGAGCAACAAUGUGUAGAUCAGGGAAGUACAGUAGGUCCUUGAGUUACUCUGCAAGAAUGGUGAGAAGAGCAGAAGCAAUAGUUUGUCAUCCAAAAAGCUCACUUGUUGCAGUGAUGAUCCAAGCUAUUACUCAUAGAGUUAAUUAUGUGUGGGUAAUAGAGGAAGAUUGUGGUUUAGUUGGCAUUGUCACGUUCUGUAACAUGUUAAAAGUUUUUAGGGAACAUUUAGAGGACAUGGCCUAACAUAAAUAAAUAAAAAAACCAAGUUUGGGGAGAUGAGAGGGUGUGAAGAACAACUUUUCUAGUAAAAGUUUUCUUCUUUUUGGUGUUCAAUCAUCUUCUAAGGCUUUAAAAUGCUAACUUGGUGAGAGAUUAGUUGAAGAGAAUAAGGGAUUAGCAAUGUUUAUGUGAUGUGGAUAUGCAACUUUUUUUCUGUUUUUUGUGUUUGUUUAAUCAAUUUGGAUGAGGGGUUUGUUGGUUCUUUGUAUUCUUUCUUUUCUUUGUUUAUGUCAUGUGAUUUUUACCCUUUUCUUUGUUUUUUCACUGUGAAUUCAAGAAAGUAGAAAUGGGUAGGGGAGAUGAUGUUUUAUGUCAUCUAUCUUCUUUAUUUUCAUUAUUUGCUUGUUUGAUAUUAUUAAUAAUAGAAGUGUUAACAUCUUUUUUAGGUA